AUGGCCAAGAACGCAACGAGGUCACAACAGAAAGACCCCAAGGUCGCAAAGCGGUCAUCCAAGAAGGCUACCGCCCCCGUCUUUGCCGGAUUCGUCAAGACCCUUGGUCUCCAGAAAUUCUUCCGCGAUGACAGAGACUUGGCUAUCAAGAUGGUCGGCUCAAUCCUGCUUGGAUCUUUCCUCGGCAAUGGCGUCUGCAGGAAAAUGACCAGUCUGUCGUACCCUGUCCAGGACGAGCUCACUAUCGAGGGUGAGCCCUGGUACACUGCUCGCUUCACCAAGGGAUGGGACGAUUUGUACCUUGUCGGCUUUUGGAUCAUCGCCUUCACCUACAUCCGUAUCGCCAUCAUGAAGUCCUUCCUCAACCCCUUUGGAAAGAAGUUGGGCAUCCGUGGCUCCAAGCUGGAGCGUUUUGAGGAGCAGGGUUACAUCGUCUUCUUCUACAUUAUCUCCUGGUCUUGCGGCGUGGCUUUGAUGUACAAUUCCCCUCAUUGGUUGAACACUGACCAUUUCUGGAUCGGAUACCCCCACAACAAGCCUAAUGGUGCCUUCAAAGCCUACUACUUGAUCCAGUUUGGUUUCUGGCUCCAGCAGUUCUAUGUCCUCAACACCGAUAUGAAGCGCAAGGAUUACAUGGCCAUGUUGAUCCACCACUUCAUUACCAGUGCCUUGAUCGGAUUCAGUUACAUUGUCCACUUGACCCGUAUCGGAAACGCCAUCUUGAUUGUCAUGGAUGUCUCUGAUGUCUUCCUUGCGGUCCCCAAGAUGCUCAAGUACCAGGGCUACACCACGAUCUGCGACGUCCUCUUCGGCCUCUUUGUGAUCUCAUGGGCCUACACCCGCCACUACCUCUUCCCUAUCAUCAUCAUGUCGCUCUACAACGGACCCCAAAAGUUCCUCGACAUGGAAUGGGCCCCCGAACAGGACAAGUACAUGUCCUUGAACGUCCAGCGCGGCUUCUUGGCCCUCCUCUACGGAUUGGAGGCCGUUCUUUGCUUCUGGUUCUUGAUGAUCUUUAAGGUUAUUUACAAGAUGUUCAAGGGUGGCGCUGCGGAUGAUAACCGGAGCCAUGAUGAGGAGUCCGAGGAAGAGGAGGUCUCGGCGGAGGUUGUUGAGAAGUUGGGUGUCAACGGCGCUGCUGCUGCUGCUGCCGCUGCCAAGGCCAAGGCCAAGAAGGCAUAA